UCAAGCUCUAUCUAUUUAAUUUAAUUUAAUUAUGGGGUUUAAUGUGCCAAAACCACUUUCUGAUUAUGAGGCACGCCGUAGUGGAGGACUCCGGAAAUUUCGACCACCUGGGGAUCUUUAACGUGCACUUAAAUCUAAGUACACGGGUGUUUUCGCAUUUCGCCCCCAUCGAAAUGCGGCCGCCGUGGCCGGGAUUCAAUCCCGCGACCUCGUGCUCAGCAGCCCAACACCAUAGCCACUGAGCAACCACGGCGGGUUCUAUCUAUGUCGGCCCCGAUCACGAUCAGAAGUGUAGCUGCUUCACCGGAAUUAGAUACGCUCCUACUUUAAGCUCCUAAACUACUGCUAUGUGUUUUUUUAAAUAUUUACACGAAUCCUUACCCGCUUCAUUUUAGAACCUACGAUAGACAUAAAUAGUUACACAUUACGCCAUUCAUCUGUUUGCGUAGUGAAAGUAGCGCCGUGAAUUUAGAACAUACUUUUUUGUUCUUUUGGCGCAAGUCUCUUGCAAUAGAAUCAUACAAAAACUAAUCUAUGGUAUCUCUUACCGCACCUUUUACCAGGUUACUAUACCCUAAUGAGUAAUUGACUCAUGAAUUUUAGUUUAGGAUCCAUGCAUGACGGAGAGCCAGCAUUACCAUACAUUCCAAAGAGCCCAAGUGUCGAAGCUUGCCCGGAUAACGGGCAAUACAUCAUGGCGACAAUACACCCUAUCCCGCCACUGCCCCCAUUGUCAAAGUGCACCCGCAACCAAGUUCUGGCUUACCUGAAAACUGAUGAUGCUGCGUGUCUACGAAAUGCACAGCCACGACGCUCACCUCAAGUUUUCGAAGCACUUUUGAGACAGCCUUUGUUAAACGCAAGCAAAUACUGCAAUUAUCUUCAUAAAGAUGCGGCAACUGUAGAAUACAAGCCGGCUUAUAGUUAUCACUACAAUAUUCAAAAAUGCAUAUUGGUGUGCGUGACGACGAAUUCUGUUGGCGCAAAAGAAUACAACAUACAUCCCGCACCUGAUUACACGCCUUGCAGAGAAAUGACCAAGCAAGUGUGCAUCGAAGGCAUAUGUAGAGAUAUCCCUUCGAAAGGAAAGCCCUUUCACCAACAAGUAAAGCAACUUGCCAAUCGCCCGCCAACUUCUGAUAUCAGAUCUAGUGCUUAUUGAAUAAAGACUGCCAGUACUUUAUUUCGGGCCCUCUAUUUGAUAGAGGCGAGAAGAGGCGUAGCGCCGAAGGUAAACGUGAAGUGCAUAUGUGCGCCUACA